AUGAUGGCGGUGAAAGACGUUAAACCACGAAAGAGUGAAUCGAAGACCCGAAAACGCGCAAAGACAAAUCCAAGAAAGAUGAUUAAAGAUUUAAAAGAAAACGAUCCCAACAAGCAAUCGUCCGCUGCCGGUAUUCAAAAUCUCUUUCAAGACCACCUCAAAUUCUUUUGCCCAGUUUUUUUCGCCUUCACAAAACCGGAAAAUCAAGAACGUCAUAGAAGUCAAGAAGUGUUUCUUCUCGAUUCGUCUCGUGUGCAACUUCGGGAAUGGCCACAUGAUUACAUUCACGCGAGUUGGGUGGAUGGAUUCGAGAAGAAACGUCAAUACAUCGCAAGCGCCACUCCCCAUAACGCUUCAAUGGUUGCCGCGUUCUGGCGAAUGUGUGUUCAAGAAAAGAUUGAGGUGAUCGCCCUGUUGAUGAAGCCCGAUGAUGAGGAUGCAACGUUAUUAACUACAACGACGAAAGCCGGCGACUACAACGUGGAAAUCGAGACGAAAGCCGAGAAAUCGUUUGAUGUGCUCAGUGUGUCGAUUAGUGGAAAAGCCAAGCACAGUCUCAAGAUUCUUGCUCUCAACGGAUGGACUGUAGAUGAAAAGCCUCCACUUGAUGUCUUUGAAAAACUCCGAGAAGCGAUUGUGGAAAAUAACCCAUCAGAGGGUCCAUUCAUCAUCUCUUGCAAACAUGGCAUCUUUCGGACAGGCCUUUUUCUUCUCUAUGACAUUGAAUAUAAAGAACUUGCCAAGAAAAAUACGAUUCGAAUCUAUGAUGUUAUUCAGGAUUUGCGACUUCAACGAGUGCAAUUUUUCGAGUCAAGGAAGUGCUUCGAUUUGAUCUAUGACGUCAGUGUGGAGGCUUGCAAGAAGUUUAUCGAUGCU